AUGACGAAACAAGAAGCCUCCCCAGAUGACAUCUCGCCAGGUCACAAUGACCAGAACAUUGUCCCCUCAAACGAAGAUGAACUUCGAUCCAAGAUCUUAACCGCUGAGCGCUCAACCCUCCCAGAAGGAUACUUCCUCAGCCGAGAGUUCGUCGGAACGUUUGGCGGCAUCGCAUUCAGUCUUGCAGCGACAUACUUUGCCUUCCAGGCUGGAGCCGGCGCCCUCAUCAACAUCAACCAGCAGAUCGGCCCAAGUGAGAACUACUACCUGUUCUCAAUCGUAUGGACGGUCUCUCAGCCCAUCUCUAUGCUCUUGUUUGGUCGUCUCUCUGAUAUGUUUGGUCGCCGAAACCUUGCUCUUGGUGCCAACAUUCUUGGAAUAAUCGGCGGUAUCAUUGCUGCCACUUCGCAGAGCAUCAACCAACUCAUUGCAGCAAAUGUUCUUUUGGGUCUUGCGUCGGGUAUUCCGGGUUCUUACCCUCUUUUGACCGGCGAGCUUAUGACGAACAAGCUCAAGUUUCUUGGUACUAUUGUUGUUGUGGUGCCCAACAUCAUCGCCACUGGGUUCGGUCCGUAUCUUGGCCUUCGACUUAGUAUUCUUAGUUCAUGGAGAUGGAUCUUUUACAUCUACAUCAUCUUGAUGGUAAUCGGUACUACCCUCUGGUACUUCUUCUACCACCCUCCUUCGUUUGUCCAACUUCACGGAACCAGCAUCAGCCGCAAAGCCGAGCUUGCAACCAUCGACUGGCUUGGCACUUUUCUUCUUGUCUCGGGUCUCGUUCUCUUCCUUCUUGGGAUCGCCUGGGGAGGGCAACCAUACAAAUGGACAUCAGGUCGCGUCCUUGGUCUUCUGAUCCCUGGUGCAAUUUUGUCCAUAGCCUUCAUUCUCUAUGAGGUAUACGGCAAGCCUGCCAAGCCAAUCGUACCCAUGAAGUUCUUCAAGGAUGUCCGAGGCUACACAUGCGUCGUCAUCAUUUCCGCAAUCACUGGCUGCCUUCAGACGGCCUUGUUCAUCUUGUGGCCUUCUCAAGUCGCAUACAUCUUCGGAAGCACCACCAAUGGAUGGGAGGAGACUGCUUGGAUGUCAAGCGUUGUGAACUUUGCAGCUUGGGCUGGUAUCAUCAUCGUCGGGCCUCUCUUCCACGUCAUCAAGCAUUUACGUCUACAGCUUGUUGUCGGAUCUGCUUGGAUGACAGCUUUCCUGGCGGCCAUGUCGACCAUCACCUACUCCAACAAGGGAUCGGCUAUUGCUUUCGCCUUUCUCAGCACCCUUCCCAUCGGGUGGGGAGAGGUCAUGACUAUGUUGAUGGUUCAGUACAUUGUUCCGGAACGAGAUCUAGGUGUUGCCUUUGCUGUCGUCUCCUCAGUCCGUACCAUCAUGGGCUCCAUCUUCGCCGCUGUCUUCGUCGCCAUCUACACCAACAAGCUCCCAGGCUACAUGACCAGCAUUGUAAUACCAGCGCUACAAAAGACGUCUCUUUCUGCAGAGGCUAUCAGCGAAGUACUGGCAACAGCACCUACUGCGAGCCAGGCCGCACUCUCCGCUAUCAAAGGUGUCACUCCUGAGAUCUUGCGUGUCAUCAACGCCAAGGUCGCCGAUGCUUACGGUCACUCAUAUGCCUUUGUUUACUACACCGCUGCUGCUCUUGGGGCUGUAUGCCUUCUUGCGGCAUUGUGUCUGCGUGACUUUGAUGUUUACCUGACUGAUCACGUUGCCCGCAUGGUGUACAAGAAGGAAGAGACCAAGGAGGAUUCGCUUGCGAAGCAUAUUGAGCACCCUGAAGGUGUUUGA